UAGGCACUCGCCUGACAAAUAAAGCGGCGGCGGCCAUCUUGCCUGGCGGAGCGGCGGCGGUGUCCUCCCAAGCGUCCUCCGCGGCGACCUCCCGACGACACGAGGAAGGCGAAGACGAGCACCACGCCGCAGCGGGCCCGACACCCAGCACCAUGCCCGUCCGAGGGAACACCUUCAAGAUAUUUGUGGGGAACCUGAGUGACCGAGCGACGGGCCCAGACAUCCGGGAGCUGUUCGAGGCGCAUGGCACGGUAGUGGAGGCCGACGUGGUGAAGAACUAUGGCUUCGUGCACAUGGAGAAGGAGGACGAGGGGACGGCAGCCAUCGAGGCUCUCAACGGGCACUCACUCCAUGGGAAGCCCAUGGUGGUGGAGGCCUCAACAGGAGCCAGGAAGGGAGGCAACCAGAAGACCAAGAUCUUUGUGGGCAACCUACACAAAGACUCAAAGCUGGAGGAGCUGAAGAGCCUGUUUGAGGUGUACGGCAACGUGGUCGAGGCCGACAUACUCACCAACUAUGCCUUUGUUCACAUGGACGACGAAGCCCAAGCCCAACGCGCCAUCCGGGAGCUGGACGGCUAUGAACUCCACGGCCUGCGUCUUCGCGUGCAGGAGUCCACCUCGCGGGUCAGACAGCAGGCUGGCAUGGGCAACCCUGACAUGUGUUACCGCUGUGGCUCGGGGGGACACUGGUCCAAAGAGUGCCCCCGCGACGGUCGCCUGGGAGGGUCACGCUACCCUGACCGAGAGAGAGGCAGAGGGUUUGGCAGCCGCUAUGAUCCCUAUCCACCCCCGCCCCCACCCAGCUAUGCCCGGGAGAGGAUGAUGAGAUACAGGGACGACUUUGACCGUUUUGAGCGUUACGACCGCUACUACGACGAGGGGCUGUACGAGCGGAGGUAUGGUGACCACCCCCCACCCCCGCCCCCCAUCCUGGACGACCUCUUUAUUCCUGCCUUCCUCCAUUAA